UCUUGGAUUAUAAAUUCAGCAUGGUUGCUUCCUCAAAGUCCUCUCCAAACUCAGAAAGACUCUGUAACUGGGAAGAGUGGGCCGGUCACUGCUGCAAUAAUCAUGGCACCAGGAGCAAAGAAGGGAAUUUUGGAGCGUCUGGAUGCAGGAGAGAUCGUUAUCGGGGACGGAGGCUUUGUCUUUGCCCUUGAGAAGAGAGGUUACGUGAAAGCGGGACCCUGGACACCUGAGGCUGCAGCCGAGUACCCUGAAGCAGUGCGGCAGCUGCACAGGGAGUUCCUGAGAGCAGGCGCCGAUGUUAUGCAGACAUUCACUUUCUACGCAAGCGAUGAUAAACUGGACAACAGAGGUCUCACUCAGCGCUACACUGGGCAGCAGAUAAACGAAGCAGCUUGUGACCUGGCCAGGAAGGUGGCCAAUGAGGGUGAUGCUCUGGUGGCAGGAGGAGUCUCUCAGACUCCCUCUUACCUCAGCUGCAAGAGCGAGAAUGAGGUCAAGGCCAUCUUUAAGAAACAGACUGAUGUCUUUGUCAAGAAAAAUGUGGACUUCUCGAUUGCAGAAUACUUUGAGCAUGUGGAAGAGGCUGAGUGGGCUGUCCAGGUUUUGAAGACCACCGGAAAGCCUGUGGCUGUCACCCUGUGUAUUGGACCUGAGGGAGACCUGAACGGAAUCAGCCCUGGAGACUGUGCCGUCAAACUUGUCAGAGCUGGGGCUCAGAUUGUGGGCGUCAACUGCCACUUUGACCCAGAGACCUGUGUAAAAACUGUGAGGAUGAUGAAGGAGGGAGUGGAGAGAGCAGGGCUGAAAGCUCACUACAUGAGCCAACCGCUGGCUUACCACACUCCUGACUGCAACCGCCAGGGUUUCAUUGAUCUGCCAGAGUUCCCCUUCAGUCUGGAGCCGAGAAUCAUGACCAGAUGGGACAUGCAGAAAUAUGCCCGGGAAACCUACAAUGUUGGUAUCAGUUACAUAGGAGGCUGCAGUGGAUUUGAACCCUAUCACACCAGUGCCCUGGCUGAGGAGCUGGCACCUGAGAGGGGUUUCCUGCCUGCUGGCUCUGAGAAGCAUGGCAACUGGGGCAGUGGUCUGGAGAUGCACACCAAGCCUUGGGUCAGAGAGAGGGCCCGUCGUGACUACUGGGAGAAGCUGAAGCCUGCCUCUGGCCGUCCCUUCUGCCCCGCGAUGGCCAAACCCGAUGGUUGGGGUGUCACCAAAGGCCACGCUGACCUGAUGCAGCAGAAGGAGGCCACCUCCCAGGAGCAGCUGAGGGCUCUCUUCGACAAGGCCAACAAAUGCCAUUGAGCUCCCUCUGAGGCAUCUGUUUUAGCGAGAAGCCAAGAGAUGGUGUACUCACUAAGUUUACAUACCAAAAAGAUUGAAAUGCUGAAGUUCUUUCUGUCUUUAGGACCAUUUUACUGUAAGUGCAAAACUGAUAUUAUAUGCUGACACUUUAAAUUAGUUUUUCGGCCUUAACAGCAAGUUUGACUGUUUAAGUAAGAUCACAACUAUGAGCCUUGUGAAAUUACUAUGGCUGCAAAAACUCAGAGCAGCUGUGAAUGCACCUAAAGUAAUGCCUUUAACACUCCAAAAGUGCCUAAUGUUUUGUAAAAGAUUUGAAUGAUGUGUUGUAAUAAAACUUCUAAUUCAACAGUA